CAUUAAAAUUUAAACAAAUAAACGAAGCGCACCGUUCCUUUUCAAUUUCAAUUUUCAAAAAAAUGACGACAACUAAAAACACAGAGAAACCCUCCAAUUUCCCCGCCACCAUGACCACAACCACUCCUAGCUCAACCGCCGCCGCCGCCACAACCCGCCCCUUCGCCCCCACCACAACAACCCCACCGAGGCCCCAAUCUCCAUUCCAAAUCCACCACCAACACAUCUACCCAGUAAUCAGACCUCAAACCCAAACCCCAAAUCCAAUAAUACCUCCCAAUCAUCAAGGUGUUCUCUACCCAGUUGCCUCCUCCGGUCGUGGGUUCAUUCCCAGACCUGUUCGCCCCCAACAAGAUCAGACCCCAGCAAACCAAGGCGGGUACCACCCACGCGGAGCUGGGGUUGCUUACAGGCCCCAUACUCCUACUACAGUCGUUGGGUCCCCGAGUUCACGAUCUCAUCCAAAUGCUCAACAAUUGGGGGAUCUUCAUCAUCUUCAUAAUGUGCAGCAGCAGCAUUUGAUGAUGAGCAGGCAGCACCCUACUCACUUGCAGCAUCACAAUUAUGUUGGUCUUGGUCUCGGUGUCGGCUCUGUUGCUGCUCCUAUUAAGGGAAUUCCGGUCACCGGCCAACUCAAGGUUGCUGCAUCUCCGGUUUCUGAUUCAAAUGGCUUUCAAAAUUUGAGGGAUAGAAGCAGAGAUGACAAUCUUAUGGUGGUUAGAGAUCGAAAAGUAAGAAUAUCUGAUGGAGCUCCUCUUUAUGCUCUUUGCCGAUCAUGGUUGAGAAAUGGAUUUCCUGAGGAAAGCGAGGUUCACUACGGAGAUAGCGUAAAGCCUCUUCCAAGACCUCUUUUGCCAAAGGAGGAAAGUGAAGAAGAAGUUGAAAAGGAGAAGAAGGAUGAGGAACCUGUUGAUCAUUUAUCAGCAGCAGAACUCCUAAAGAGACAUAUUAAGCAUGCUAAAAAAGUUAGAGCACAGUUAAGGGAAGGGCGAUUAAAACGAAUUGCAAGAUACAAAAGUAGGCUUGCUCUCCUCCUCCCUCCACAGGUAGAACAGUUUAGAAACGAUACUCCUGCGGAGAACUGACUGACCCACACUGCACAACGAGACAUUUUACAUAUUAUUGCACCCUCCCAUUGAAUCUCAGUAAAUACACAACAGUUUUCUCGAGAGAAGGGAAAAUUGAAGCGCUCUAGUGGCGGAGAGCGGUGACCCAGAUCCCAGCAAAGGCCAUAUCAAAAGCUUAGAAACGCAAUAUCGCCUUGGGACAGAUAAAAAGACAUGAAUUUUAUUUUUCCUCGGGCUGGAAAGAGUUAUCAGAAAUGUAAUAUUUCCCCUGAAUGGUUAUAUUCAUUGUUGCCUCAUUUCCAAUCGAUCGUUGUAAAUUGCGUUUGGUGGUUUGUUUCAUCAAAACAAACAUAUUCUUCAACUAUCUUCCGAGUUUUCUGAUGAACUAUAUUAAUAUCUCUGUGCCUUUUAGGAAAAAAAAACUUGGAAGAAUAUUUCAAGCUAUGAGAUCGUGAUUUUGAUA